UAUAUAUAUAUUAUAUUUUUUUACCGUCGAAAUACGAAAUACGAAAUACGAGAUAGAUGACUUUUUUUACAAAAAAUUCAACUGACUGAAAGUGACAAUACGUCCACGACUGUGCCCGCGGAAAUAGUAGACAGAAAGUUGAAAUUUUGUUUCUCUACGAAUUAGGUAGGUUCAACAGUGUUCAACAUUACCGAUGUGUAGAAGAGAUAUGUCAAGAACGCUGAAUGCUUACAGAAUCAAAAAAAUCGAAAACAUUGGUAGAAUGACGGCCAUGACACAGGAAGAAAUUGUGGCUGGCGCGAGGACAGUUGUCCAAGGAUUAGAGGCUCUUCGUGUAGAACACGAAGGUCUUUUGCAGGGGCUACAAUCACAGGAAGCACCGGCUGCCAGAGACAAAGCCGGCUUAUUAUCGAAAAACAUCGAAAUGAUAGAGUUAGGUCUCGGCGAAGCUGAAGUUAUGAUGGCUCUUGCUAAUCACUUGCAAAUGGUUGAGGCUGAGAAACAAAAGCUGAGAACGCAAGUUCGAAGAUUGUGUCAAGAGAAUGCUUGGUUAAGAGACGAAUUAGCUGGAACGCAACAAAAAUUGCAAGCUAGCGAACAAGCGGUAGCCAAAUUGGAAGUAGAUAAAAGACAAUUGGAGUUCAUGGAAAGUAUGAGACAAUACGAUCCUGAUCCUCCCGCUGACGAUGAGAAUGCCAAAAAAGACAUACCAAAAGUUACUCCUGUGAUUGACCUAUUCCCUGAUGAUGAUACGGACGACCGAAAUAGUAAAUCUAUAACGCCAACACCGGCUUCGCAAUUUGCACAGCAAGUGAACGCUGGAUAUGAAAUACCUGCACGUUUACGUACACUGCACAAUCUGGUUAUUCAGUACGCGGGUCAAGGUCGGUAUGAGGUGGCAGUACCUCUUUGUAAGCAGGCCUUAGAAGAUUUGGAAAAGACCUCUGGCCAUGACCAUCCUGAUGUCGCUACGAUGUUGAACAUUCUUGCUUUAGUGUAUAGAGAUCAAAAUAAAUAUAAAGAAGCAGCUAAUCUGUUGAACGAUGCCUUGACUAUUCGUGAAAAGACACUUGGUGAAUUCCAUCCUGCAGUUGCUGCAACUUUGAACAAUCUAGCCGUACUAUAUGGAAAACGAGGCAAAUAUACGGAAGCCGAGCCAUUGUGUAAACGUGCACUCGAAAUUCGAGAAAAAGUUCUUGGUCGUGACCAUCCGGACGUUGCGAAACAACUAAACAAUCUCGCGUUACUCUGCCAAAACCAGAGUAAAUACGAGGAGGUUGAACGUUAUUAUAAGAGGGCUCUUGAAAUUUACGACACUAAACUCGGACCAGAUGAUCCUAAUGUAGCGAAAACAAAAAAUAACCUUGCAUCGUGUUAUUUGAAACAGGGAAAGUACAAGGAUGCGGAAGUUCUAUAUAAACAAGUAUUAACCAGAGUCCACGAAAAUGAGUUUGGUGCUAUUGAUGGCGAUAAUAAACCAAUUUGGCAGGUUGCAGAAGAAAGAGAAGAAAAUAAGCAUAGAAAUAAAGAGAAUGCUCCAUAUGGAGAAUAUGGAGGCUGGCAUAAAGCUGCUAAGGUAGAUGCACCGACGAUGGCGACUACCUUGAGAAAUCUUGGUGCAUUAUAUCGACGACAAGGAAAAUACCAGGCAGCAGAAACUCUGGAAGAUUGCGCUCUGGCGACACGAAUGGAUGCAUUCGAGUUUGUGAAGCAAGGAAAAGUCGCACAGUUAUUAGGGGAGGAAAAAGUAUCGACGAGACGUGGUUCGCGGUCCAGUUUGUCAAAUAGCGAACACGAGCAACACGACGAGGACAGGAAGUAUUUCGUUCGUACUCAAUAAAGGAUACUAUGUAAGAAAUAUACGUAAAAUGUUCAAGUCGGAUCAUGCAAGGGCUCUGCAUUGUUUAGUUGAAAAAACAUUGACUGACGUCCGUUCUUUAUCUGGAUCGUUUAACGUAUACAGCACAUUCCAACUGCUUUUAAUCAGACUCACCAUAACGAAGUACUCGUGUUGCUCGUUUAACUCUAGAACGAUUAUGGCUUCGUGCUAGCGGCUGAUAGUUUGGAAUAGAAAAGGUUGCGAGACGAAUUGAUCUACCCUGCUGUUAACACAUUAUCUGAAUCAAAACCUAAACAGAUCAUAACUACAAUUAUAUCACGACAGACAGAAAUAAACAAGCAAAAGAGAGAAAACUGCAAGCUGUUGACCUAAAAACCGAGAUGGUAUUCAAUAAUCCUCCGCAUCAUACAGAAUGUCGAGCAGUUUCAGACACGUUAUCUACAUACAUGUGUGCACGCCUGUUGAAUAGUCCAUAAUACGCGUAUACAUAUCCCUUUCGUUGCUCAUACAUGCUCUAGAAGACGCGGUGACAUGUUAAUCAUUCCAUGAGCUAGCUUUUCGAAUUGAAACUAUGAAACGAUUUACAUUUAUCAUAGGGAAAAAUGUUUGUAUGUCGCUCAGCAUUAAAUAUAUUCUUUACACAUCAUGCACGUUAGAAUUGUGAGAGUAAUAUCGUCAUCCUUUUGGAAAAAGUGAGUGUAACAACCUGAUGGAGAAUUAAGUUUCCUUUCAGUCUUGUCCAUUUUUUGGAGUUGACCAAAGAUAACGAGUGGAGCAGUGGAAAGAUCAUGACAUGACAUUCAUUUUUCUGUCCUAUUUAGAAACUAUAUGUAUAUAUAUGUAUUGGCAAUAUUUAAUUUAUUACUGGAUUUGAUUCUAGCAGGCACGACAAAUACAUAUUAUAGAAUUGCGACAUUAAUCCAGGAAGGAUUUUUAACGCUUCAGUUUAAAUUAUUUCAAAUAUUUUGCGAAAUAUAUUGUUCAAUAUUAUACAAUUUGAACACGAAACAAAUAAUUCUUUCACAUUCGUUUCGUGGUACAUCAUUUAUUUUGAAACCAAGGAACAUUGUAACUGGCUGUGAAUGUAAAAUGUUUUAUCGAGUCUGAAAUUGUUUAAUCGUUGCGUAGCUAUGAUAAGACUGAAUGAUGAUCGUUUGAAUUAGUCGAGUCCUCGUGAUAGAUUUAAGAUUUUUUUCAUUUAAUAAUUAAUACCUUCACAGUCUAUUUUGAGAAAUUUACUUUUAUUCAAUACUUGUCAUUGACCUUUUUCAUUGUGAUAAUCUUACUUAGUUACAGUGGCUACUUGCUGUACAAUUUCUUUUAUAUGUGUAAAUUCUAAACUGAGAAGAGUGUAAACUAUUAAAAAUUGAUGGAUGAAAACCCAUUGGAAAGUAAGUUGUCGAGUAAUUAAUCCAAUUUUUUUAUAUAGAGUGGUAUGUAAAACUUUUAUUAUUGUUCAUGUUACAUUGACAUUUUAAUAAGUUUAGAUAGUACUUAUUAAAAAGACUGUCACAGUGAAUAGGUUCCAAAGAUUUUUAAAACGAGAGAAAGAUUGCUUAACUAUUUCAAAGAUGUCGCACAUGUGUAUAUAAGUUACUUUCACAAAAGUUAAGUGGACUGGUCUAGUUCAAAAGAUUCAGGAUUACAUAUUGAUUAUUGGUAUAUGAAUAACCAUGUCACUUAUGUUCAUAGACCUUGUUCUUCUUAUUUGUAACAUACAGACAUAACUCGACCAUUUAGUCCCACCGAUCGACAGUUGUCUCGAUCCUCUUCUUCAUCAAUCUUUCUUAUUGUAUGGUAAAUGUUUUUAUUUUAUUUUCAUGUGUGCUCUCGUUACUUUGAAACAUGCAUUUAUCGAUACAUGCAUAGUGUGCGCCUGGGAGCUUAAAGGCCUAGAACUAGACUUUUAUUUUUUUGAAAUUAAAUUAUAUAUUUAAUGGAGAAUUCUGUUCACUAUUCACUUCUUGCUUGCUACUUUAAUAUUUGCCGGUGUAGAUCAAAUACGCUCCAUACCGGAUUGUCAUGGAUGGCGGUAU